CCCGUUUAUAGAAUUCCCCAACAUUAUGCUUCUUUUGGGGGGAAGCGGGAGAAAUGGAGAAACCAAAUGGUGCCAAGUUUCGGACACAAAGUGAGGGUGGAGGACGACUCUAAUGUCUUAUUUUCUCCAUGAUUUGUCAACGAGAAGCUUCAUGGGAUUUUAUUGUUUUUACGAAACUGACGAGUGGGGAAAGCAUGCUUUUCUUUCAAUUUAUUAUGCUAACCAACUCUCUCUCCCUCUCUCUCUCUUCCAGUUAAAGCAAGAAGCUAAGCCAAGCCAGCUAUACUGUGAGCUGAGCUCUUCACUCUCAUAGACCCACCUCCUCUCUCUCUCUCUCUGUACUUCUCCCUCUAAUUCGUCCUCAUGAAUAACGCGCCACUCUGAAUCUGAACUUCAGCCAGGAUUCUCAGCUCAGAGCUGUUGCUGUCGGUGCUCUGGAGCUUCCGUUCUGUCGGAAAUCGGAACUGCCGGUUGAAGGUUGCUCCACAUGGAUGGAAAGGAAUUCGCUCACAUUUCCGACGCGGCGGAGCUACGCGGCAGGGAUUUCGGCCUCCUAGUUCAGCAUUCGUUGUAGAGCUUGCACCGGCUCCGUUUUCUGCAAAAUGCUAGCAGGAAAGUGUUUCACACACCAGAUUUUCCUAAUGAAAGCGUGGUCCACCUACAAGUUGCUAUGCUUUCUAUUUGUUAUCAUUACAACAACUAUUCUACCCCUGGCUCAUGGUGAUCUAAAGUCAGACGAAGAAGCUCUUCUUGCCUUUGCUGCCUCUAUUCACCACGGACAGAAGAUUAACUGGAAUUCUGGGAUCCCCAUCUGCUCAUCAUGGGUUGGCAUUAAUUGUAGCAGAGAUGGGGCCCAUGUUGUAACAGUUCGACUUCCAGGAGUUGGACUCACUGGUGAAAUCCCCCAAAACACCCUUGGAAAGUUAAAUGGUUUAAGGGUUCUCAGUCUUAGAUCCAAUGUCAUAUAUGGAACUCUUCCUUCUGACCUUACUUCACUUCCUGCGCUUCGCAACCUUUUCCUCCAACAUAACAACUUAUCUGGACAAAUACCAACUUUUCCCAAGCAAUUAAGCAUUCUGGAUCUUUCAUAUAAUUCCUUCAGUGGUACCAUUCCUCCCUCAGUGAUUCAGAAUUUGACCCACUUGACUGCAUUGAACCUCCAAAAUAACUCCCUAUCUGGACCUAUACCUAAUAUUACACUUCCAAGGCUAAAACAUUUGAAUUUAAGUUACAACCAUCUAAAUGGCUCUAUUCCGUCCUCUCUUCAAAAGUUUCCCAAGUCUUCAUUUCUAGGAAACUCUUUCUUAUGCGGAUUGCCAUUAAGAACUCCCUGUUCUUCGCCUCUUCGACCACCACCGCUGUCUCCUCCCAAUGCCCAUUUACCACAUGGUCCUAAAGAACGCGGACAUAGGAAGAAAUUUAUUAUUAUUAUCGCUGUUGCAGCUUGUGGGACUGCAGUGAUAUUUCUUGUAGCUUUAUUGAUUCUCAUGAAUAGAAAAAAAAGUGAGGGUAGGGGUGUACUAAAAGGGAAACCUUCUGGUGGGGGAAGGAGUGAGAAACCAAGCGAGGAAUUUGGGAGUGGGGUGCAAGAGGCAGAGAAAAAUAAGUUGGUUUUCUUUGAGGGAUGCUCAUACAAUUUUGAUCUUGAGGACUUAUUGAGGGCAUCGGCCGAAGUGCUUGGGAAAGGGAGCUAUGGGACUGGAUACAAGGCUAUUCUGGAGGAGUCUAUAACUGUAGUUGUCAAGAGACUCAAAGAAGUCAUUGUGGGGAAGAAGGAGUUUGAACAACAGAUGGAGAUCAUAGGUAGAGUUGGACAGCAUCCAAACGUUGUUCCUCUGCGUGCUUAUUAUUACUCCAAGGAUGAAAAGCUUCUAGUCUGCGAUUAUUUCUCCAGAGGCAAUUUGGCAAUGCUCCUCCAUGGUAUGAUUUUCUGAAUCCUUUCCCUUGACUAUAAUGGUCCGUUUGGAACUCAGAAAAUACUGGGUAGUAGGUAAGAUAGAUACGGAAAUCAUCAUCAUCAUCAUCAUUACCCAAGUGCCGCAAAGGCUCCCACCUACGGUGGGGUAAGGGGGAGUCGGAUGUACGCAGUCUUACCCCUGCACUAAAGCAUAACAAAGAAGCAUGGACUGACUGUAGCUUCAUAACAAAGAAGCGCAGACAGUUUAGUGAGCCAUUUUGCUUUAUUCCAUCAUAUUUUCAAGCCAAAAAAUAGUGAGUCUUUGGCUCCAUUGCAAAUGAUGGAAUAUAUACGGAAAUGAGGAGAGAAAACUUGGGGGAAGUUAAAUGAUAAACUUAAUUUCAAUAAACUAUUUUAGAUAUAUGUUCAAAUUCUUUUUGUUUAUUUAUAUAUUUCUAUUAUAUAUAGACUAAGAAGCAAGAUACCUAGAUAAGACUUUUUAAAAAUAUAUCAUUUCAUUAUCCUUUACAUUUGAAAAGGUAAAUCAGAACAUAAAUAAUUUACUUGGCAUUUUCUUUUCUUUCCGUAAUACUUACCGUGAUCCAUACAUAGCCCAAAGCUUUGAGGUGGAAGUAAAACAAAUGGCAAAACUUCUUUUUGGUGGUGGGGUUUUAGUGAAUCAUAUCUAGCUUUGCAUAAAGUAAAAGGGAUUGUGUAUGCAAUUUAUUGUUGUAGUGCAAGUGGGCAACUCCCCUUUAUAUAUGUGAAUUUUUUAUUUAAAUGUUACAUUCUGCUACUGUUUGGCUUCUUGCUAGUUCACUGGCUGGAUAGUGAUUAUGAUUUCUUCUAGUAUCACACAAUCAGCAUUCCAUCUUCUUGAUAGGAAAUAAGGCCACUGGGAGGACUGCUUUGGACUGGGAAACCAGAGUUAAAAUAGCCCUGGCAGCUGCAAGGGGGAUAGCCCAUAUCCAUUCCACAGGUGGCCCAAAGUUCACUCACGGAAACAUAAAAUCCACAAAUGUCCUCAUCAACCAAGAAGAUUCAGAUGCACGCGUCUCUGAUUACGGAUUAGCUCCUCUGAUGAAUGCCCCGGCAGCCCGGUCUAGGCAUCCCGGGUACCGGGCCCCCGAGGUGAUCGAAACUCGAAAGCACACACACAAGUCAGACGUGUAUAGCUUUGGGGUCUUGCUACUAGAGAUGCUCACUGGGAAACAGCCCACCCAAUCACCGGGGCGUGAUGACAUGGUUGAUCUCCCAAAAUGGGUCCAGUCGGUGGUGAGGGAAGAAUGGACCGCAGAAGUGUUUGAUGUGGAGUUGUUGAGGUAUCAAAACGUUGAAGAAGAUAUGGUUCAAAUGCUUCAGAUUGCGAUGGCGUGUGUUGCGAAGGUUCCGGAGAUGAGGCCAAGCAUGGAUGAUGUUGUUAGGAUGGUCGAAGAGGUACAGCAAUCUGACCCUGAAAACCGAGCAUCUUCUGAAGAGAACAAAUCCAAGGACUCAUCAAAUGUGCAGACCCCUUGAUUCUUUUGGAUUUAUGAUCUUAGUGAUUUUUGUUUGCUUAUUAUUGUUAAAAUUAUAUCUAUUACAUGUUAUAUAUAGGCAUUGUUUAGUAUUCCUUUUUAGGGGCCUGGUUUGCAAGUGCAUUUUCUUCUUACAUGAUCCCUGUACAAGUUAAACCUGUGGUUAAAAACCAUCAACAGCUGAUUGAUGUCUUCUUCUCUAGUACUCCAUAUCUCUUUUAAUUAUCCAAUGGGAAUAGUUCGUACCCAAAA